GUGAGGAUAUUUUUGUGCUUUGUGAUUUGUGAAUUUUGUCAGAUUUUAAUUGUUUAUAUUUCAUUUUGUUUAGUUUUGAUCUAUAAUCCUAAUUGAAAAUAUAAGAAUGUAUAUUUUAAGGAUAAUAUGGGAAAACUAGACAAUUUUUGUUGUAUUUGUAUACAAAACAGGGAAGAAGUAUUAUGCAUAAAUGAUGUUGAAAAUAACAUAAAAUACAUUAAAAAGUUAUCAUUUUGUGUGCCUGCAGGGGGAUGGAAAGAAUAUUAUAAAAUUUGUAAAUUAUGUGCAGGUCAAUUAAAUAUAGCAUACAGUUUUUUAAAGGUAUGCAUAGAAAGUGAAUCUAUUCGGAAGAAGGAACUCGAGCCUUCUAAUGAAGAUAAAGAAAUUCAGUAUACUUGCGAUUAUUGCAACAGAUCUUUUAAACAAAAAAAAUAUUUGUGUCAGCACAUAACUAAGUUACAUAUUAAGAAGGAAGGGAAACAAAUUAUUAAAAAGGAGAGUCAUGAUGUUUCAAUAUCAGAGGAGUUAAAAAGUGGCAAUGUUAAGCCUGAAGAACAGUCACUAGCUAUAGUGAAUGAAAAUAAUUCUAUAGAAUUUGAAGAAAAUUGUGAUAAUGAGAUAUUAAAGGGUGAUGAAUGCAAGUUGGCUAAUGAUAGUUUGUUGAAAUUUGAACACAGUUAUUGUGGUAAUGAGACAUUUAAACCAGAUUAUGACAGUAAGUUAGAUGUAAAGUCUGAUUCAGAUGAUUAUCGGGAAGAUAAUGACACUUCUGGGGAAAAUAAUGACAAUUAUCAGGAAGAUAAUGACACUAGAAGUGGUGAUGAAGAAUUUGACGUUACGGAUAAAAAAACUAGAAAAAAGAAAGUUUGCAAAAAAAGGCGAUCUUUGCAGUGUUCAUUUUGUUCAGAGACAUUUUCUACGCGUCUGACUUGGAGUACUCACGUCCGAACCGUUCAUUCUUUUGAGAAACCCUUCACAUGUGAUCAGUGCGAGUGUCGCUAUAUGAACGCGUACAGCCUGCUCAUUCACAAAAGAAAACACUCGAACGAAAAACCGUUCAUCUGCGCGACGUGCGGCAAAUGCUUCGUUUCUUCGGCUGAUCUGAAUCACCACAAUAAAACGCAUAAUUUAAACAGGGCCUAUCCUUGUCCAUCUUGUGAUCGGUCGUACAAAACGCACAGCAACUUGAGGACGCACAGAUUGCAAAUGCAUCUCGAUCCGUCCGAGUGGAAGUACCUGUGUAAUUUGUGCGAUAAAAAGUUUCCUAUUAGGGGUAAUUUGGUGAAACACCUUAAAAGACACGCGGGUGUAAAGGACUUUCAUUGUCACGUUUGCGCGAAAAAAUUCUUUAAUAUGGCUGAGAUGAGACUGCACAUAAGGACGCACACAAAUCAAACACAUUUUAAUUGUAAAUAUUGCAAGAAGGAGUAUAAAAAUAGGGAAGGUUUGCGGCGACAUUUGAAGGUUGUUCACGGUGAAGGAAAUUGGAAACCUCCCAAAAAUGAGAAAAAGUAUCUGUGUCCUUGGUGUCCAAAGCUGUUUGUUUCUUGUAAUAAGUUGCAGAGGCAUAUAUUUACGCACACAGGGGAGAAACCUUAUAAGUGCGAGUAUUGCCAGAAGGGAUUUAUUGAUAAUUAUGAGAGGAAGGUUCAUUGUAGAAAGGAGCAUGACAUAGAUAAUUGAAUGUAAAAAUACUUUUCGUUGGCUUCUAAGUUUAUUAUUAAGAGCUACAUUCAUCACUGAUCAAAUUUGAGAAUGGUAAGGAUAAUUCAUCCUUUUAAAUCAGUCAGCACUGUAUGUGUAUUUAACUUAAUUGUUUUCAAAAUUUUUAAUAUAAAUUGUUUGUUAUUUGAUUAUCUCAGAUACCAACUCAUUUUUUAUUUGGUAUUUGUAAGUAAACGUUUGCAAUUUUAAACUCUUUGUACAUAGUUUUAUUUUAUAUGUUCCAUGUGUAUUUUAUAUAUUUGUAAUAAAUUUUGUGUUUUAAAUUAA